AUGCUGGUGGUGUCGGGUCUCGGCCGGCGUGCGCUGCGUGGGCCGUUCGCCUCGCGCAUGGCCGCGGCGCCCAUGUCGUCCUACGUCACGAACGCCCCAGAGCCCAAGUACCAAGUGCGGACGGUCGACACGGUCAUCUUUGAAUCGAAUGCCAAGUGGCCCCAGUACAUUGGGAAGGGCAGUGCGAUCCAGAUGUACACGACGGCCGCGCUGAGCGCACAGAUCCUUGUGACGCUUCCCGAGUCGGCAUCCUUGCUCGAGAAAAUCGCCACGGCCGGGCCGUUGGUUAGCUUGUCGGCGGUCAUCUUCUUUGGCGCCAAGUACCUUGGUGAGCGCGUGAUCACAAACGUGACGUCCUGCCGCACUAUCGGCGAGCGCGACGAGUUUUUGAAGAUUCAAGUCGCCGGCGGUCUUCGCCCCAAGACGUUCCAGUGCUACCCCAAGGAUAUGAAGCUCGUCGCCAAGGAUGAGAAGGGCAUGUGCACCGUCAAGAUCCAGCGCACGACGUUCUGGCUCGACACAAGCAAGGCCAAUGUCCUCCAGGAGCAGUCGCUCAAGAUCCUCAUGGACGGGAAGCCCCUCCUCGUGCGCAAGGGCAAGGUCAAGAAAGCGGCGCGCGCAUAA